AUGCAAACCCUUUGCAAGAGUGUAGACGGAUACUGCCGCGGUGAGGGCUGUGGAGGAGUCGUUGUCAAGCGACUCGCCGACGCCGUUGCCGAAGGUGAUCACAUAUACGGCGUCAUUCGCGGCAUUGACGUGAACCAGUGCGGAACAGCAAAGUCCAUAACGCACUCUCACGCAGCAACACAAGAAGCGCUCUUCCGCAGUGUCAUCAAGAAGAGCCGUGUCACACCAGACAGCAUCAAUGUUGUGGAAGCCCACGGAACCGGCACGCAGGCGGGCGACUAUGCCGAGGUGUCGAGCCUCGCGGCCGUUUUUGGCAGCAAACGGUCAUCAGACAACCCACUUCAUCUCAGCUCAGUCAAAGGAAAUAUUGGGCAUUCUGAGGCUGCUUCUGGAGUUGCCGGUCUUGUAAAACUUCUGCUAAUGAUGGAGAAUAAAACGCUUCUUCCACAGGCAUCCCAUCAAGAAGUGAUAGCUCGGCUGCGCGAUCUCAUGUCGAGCGGUAGGUUGCGUGUCCCAACGUGGCGGGAAGAUUGGAACCCAGCUCCUGGACAACUCGCUCGGCGUGCCUUGAUCAGCGAUUUUGGUGCAUCUGGGUCAAACGUGGCCCUUGUUCUGGAAGAGUACAAGACGACAAGGGGAGAGCAAGCCAGUCGAAUGGCACAUCACAACUUCCACGCAGCCAUCAUGUACUGA